AUGGUACCAUUCACUCCCGAAAAAGUUCCAGAACCAGACACUUCUUUUAAAGGUAUGGGCUUACUAAUUUCGCCCCUAAUCAAGAUAACUGCUACAAAGCGAAAACCAGCAAUUAAUAGCAAAGCUCAAGAAAUUACGAAGGAUUUAUUUUCCACAGCGAUAGUAAAACCACCCAAAGGUAAAAGUAACAAAGAACCUUCCAAACAACAAGAAAAAUCAAAAGACAAAAACAAAGAACAGGAAGAAAAGAAAAUAAACAAAGAUCAAAAAGAACAAGACAAUCUGAACAAAGAACAUAAAGAAAAGAAAAUAAACAAGAAUUUAAAAAGUAGUGAAUCAUGGUUCUGUCAUGUAUGUAAUGAAGACCGCCAGGCUGAUAUGAGAUUAUGUCUUGCAUGUGGUCAAUACGUGCAUGAAGAGUGUGUGGGUCUUACUAAACAUGAUAAGGAUAAAUUCAUAUGCCCCAAUUGUUCUCAAGAAUAG